AAUCCCUCAACUUUUUUAACCUUCAAAUUUAACCAAAAUCUUAAAAAUGUCUAUACCAAUCCUUUUCUUAAUUUUACUUUUGGCAGUUCCUACGCACCAACUUUCAGAGCUAAUCACCAAUACUUGCGAGCAAACCCUCUACAGGGAAUUAUGCAUUGUGGAGCUAAAAACAGCCCCAGAAACUGUUCAAGAAUUACCAAAACUAACCAUUUUCGCGUUAAAAAUGGCGGUUUUAGCGGGUGGUGAAAUAGAAAAAAGGAUUGGUAAAAUUUCUAAAUCUAAAGAGGAUAAAAUUAUUAAGCAAGGUUUAAGUGAUUGCACCAAGAUUUACCAGGGUGUAAUUGCUAAAUUAGAAGAUUCAAUGAAAGCUGUGGCUACUAGAGAUUAUGUUCAUGUUAAUAAAUUGGUAACGGCGUCGAUCACGGAUUCACAGACUUGUGAGGAUUCAUUCAAGAAAUAUGGUGCAUUGCAAUCUCCGUUAACGUUUUAUAAUACAAAGUUUCACCAACUUUGUAGUAUUCUUUUAACAAUGUCUAAUCUCUUGACUAAAGAUUAUUAGUAUUUAAUGAAUACUAAUUUCUUUUUUUUA